AAACAGUGAGAGUAAUAAGGGAACACGAACGCAUAAAAUUCGAGAUGCGCGGCAUUAAGAAGCUGCACAUGUGGAAGUGCGCACGGUAGAAUGGCCGUGUAGGCAGUACGUACUAAUGAGCUGAAGUACCGACAACUUUUUAAUAUAAAUUUUUUAAUUAUAUUUUUGUGAUAAUUUUACCUUGUAUGUGGAAUAAUAAAUGCCGCAGUCGUAUGAUGAAUCCAUUAAUAAUAAUUUGUCGCAUACCCAUCAGCACCAUCCGGGCCACCCACAAGAGGAAUCCGCCGUAAAUGACCCCGGUGCGCAGGAUUUCCGGGGCGUGGUCUCGCGCGCCCUGGCCCAGCCGCUGGAGCCCUCGAAACGCGUAUUCCUCUACGUAAACGGGGAUAAAUACCACACCGGUCUACAAUAUGUGUUAAAUCCGAAACGAGUCCGCACCUGGGAUGGGCUGCUAGCGGACUGGUCCGAUUGGAUCCGGCCCCGGUUUGGGGCCAUACGCCGGGUGCUGACGCCCCGGGGUGGCACGGAAGUAGCCAGUAUGCAUCAGUUGAAAAACAACGGCAUUUAUGUGGUAGCCGGAUAUGAUAAAAAUGUCAGGGAACAUCAACAUGGCUAUCCGCAUGAGGACGAUGCACCGGCUGCGCAGCCAUUUUAUCACCAUGUUAAUGUCAACAAGGUGGACCAAACAUAUAACAAAGGUGUGCCAAAGACACUUCCUGUGUAUCUUAGCGGACAUGCGAUGCCACCCUAUCGCCACAUUCCACGAGUGCUAAUCACAACGAUAUACCGAAACGGCGAUGACGUAACACUGCCAGUCAAGGUAACCCUCCGGCGAUAUGACCUUUGGAAUAUCACUCGCGCCAAAGACGCAAUCGGAGAAAAGGUGCGCCCAGUAGGAGGUUACGUGCACAGCAUUCGCACCCUGGACGGUAAACCAGUGGGGCGCGUUGCGGACCUCCAAAACCACGGCAACUACGUGGUGCUGGGCCCGGCGGAGCGGUUCCGACGGGUAGCAUAUGAACCGGAUACCCGUCGCGAAGCCUUCAUUCCCAUCAGUAACUACCACCGGCGCCCCACUACCUUCUGCCGGCGCCGCUUCACAAUCCGCCUGCGCAAGAAGACUCGCUCCACCACCCGCCUUCAUCCGUACGGCCGGCCAACCGCCCGGCGGGUGACACCGCCCUACCGGGCUCCCCAACCACUCCGACUCACACAGGAUAACGAAGAAGUAGAAGAACCGGCAAAAAAAUCCCGCUCCCGCGUUCGUCCAUCCGAAAAGCCGGUAGUGCGCUCCGUGCGUAGCGCUCACACCCAGUUCGAGGACAUGGACGAGUGCCAUACGGCCAUGUGCGAACUCCCCCAGGAGAUUGUGGAAUCGCAAAAAAUCAUCCGGCAUAUCGUGUCGGACGCCAACCAUGAGCUGGCCCAUGUGGCACCCUCUAAGACCCACUCCCGCAUCAACGUCCCGUCCAUCCAGCUUCCGGAACCCGACACCCAGCACACCGGGUCCAACACCGAUCUGUCCUUUGCGCCAACCGCCAACCCGUCGACGGCAGCCAUUUUUGGUAAAACGUCAGCGGUACCGCUUUUAGCGCCAACACCGUCCCGCGUAAAGGUCACCCGCUCCACCACCGAGCGGAGCGCGCAGUCGCAACUGCAGAUGCCGCAGCCGGUGUCGGCGACGAGUUUGAGACAAUCCCCGUCGAAAUUUGAGGUCAAUCCUUCACGUUCUCAGACGACUGUCGCUCCAUCGCGGUCUCAACUAGAUCUUCCCAGUACAUCCCCCUCCAGGACCAGUGUUCGUCAGUCACCAUCACGCAUUCAGUCGGACUAUGCUGGAUCGAAAACGCAUGUCGCCGGCAGCCGCUCCCGGGCGGAUGUGACCGGUUAUUCCGCACACCAGUUGGACCAUGCCGCCGUGUCACGUGACCGGCUGCCGGCUCACGCAUCAUCCCAGCGUGACCUGUAUGCGCGAGAAUCGGGAGAGGGGUUGUAUCAGAGGAGCGAUGAGUUACACACGUAUUUUCCCUUUGCCGUGCAGCAAUCGCUGAUGGAGAUGGUGUCGGAUGAUAAGCUGCGUUCGCCGGUACAGCAGGUGUCCAGUUUGAAUAUGCUGCUGCCGACGCAUCCCUCGGUGAUGUCGCACUUAACGCAGGAACGCAGUGAUGGAUGGAAUGAUUUGUCUGCGGAGUCGGGUACGACCUCAGUGGGCGAGUGACAGGUGGUGGUAUCGUGCAAUGGGCGUGGAAAAGUCACGAAAAAAAAUCUGAAAGAUUUGUACAAGCAAUGCAAAUAUCGUCGAGAAACGUGUACGAAAUUUCUCCCAUAUUACAUGAAUUCUGUGAUAUUGCUGCUAUCAUUAUUUGGUUGCUGUCUGAGGAAGCUGGUGUAUCAUGGAAUAUGUAAUUACCUUAUGGAAAGAAACUGUGUAACUGGUAAUGCUUAUCACUUAUCAUUAUUCGUAUAAGUAGUGUAAACGUGCACUGACAACGAGCUUUCGGCUGGUAUUAAUCGGUACACAC